GCCGCGAGCUGAGGUGUCUCCCGCGCCCGCGCCCGUGUCGCCGCCGUGCCCGCGAGCGGGAGACGGAGUCGCCGCCCGAGCGCAGCCGAGCGCACGCCGAGCCCGUCCGCCGCCGCCAUGGCCACCACGGUGACCUGCACCCGCUUCACCGACGAGUACCAGCUUUACGAGGAUAUUGGCAAGGGGGCUUUCUCUGUGGUCCGACGCUGCGUCAAGCUCUGCACCGGCCAUGAGUAUGCAGCCAAGAUCAUCAACACCAAGAAGCUGUCAGCCAGAGAUCACCAGAAGCUGGAGAGAGAGGCUCGGAUCUGCCGCCUGCUGAAGCAUUCCAACAUUGUGCGUCUCCAUGACAGCAUCUCCGAGGAGGGUUUCCACUACCUGGUCUUCGAUCUGGUCACUGGUGGGGAGCUCUUUGAAGACAUUGUGGCAAGAGAGUACUACAGUGAGGCUGAUGCCAGUCACUGCAUCCAGCAGAUCCUGGAGGCCGUUCUUCAUUGUCACCAAAUGGGGGUUGUCCACAGAGACCUCAAGCCUGAGAACCUGCUCCUGGCCAGCAAGUGCAAGGGGGCUGCAGUGAAGUUGGCGGACUUCGGCCUGGCCAUCGAGGUGCAGGGGGACCAGCAGGCAUGGUUUGGUUUUGCUGGCACACCGGGCUACCUGUCCCCUGAGGUCCUUCGGAAGGAGGCAUAUGGCAAGCCUGUGGACAUCUGGGCAUGUGGAGUGAUCCUGUAUAUCCUGCUGGUGGGCUACCCACCUUUCUGGGAUGAGGACCAGCAUAAGCUGUACCAGCAGAUCAAGGCUGGGGCCUAUGACUUCCCAUCCCCCGAGUGGGACACUGUCACUCCUGAAGCCAAAAACCUCAUCAACCAGAUGUUGACAAUUAACCCUGCCAAGCGCAUCACAGCCCAUGAAGCUCUGAAGCAUCCAUGGGUCUGCCAACGUUCCACAGUGGCCUCCAUGAUGCACAGACAGGAGACCGUGGAGUGUUUGAAGAAGUUCAAUGCCAGGAGGAAGCUCAAGGGGGCCAUCCUCACCACCAUGCUGGCCACAAGGAAUUUCUCAGUGGGCAGACAGACCACCGCUCCGGCCACAAUGUCCACCGCGGCCUCCGGCACCACCAUGGGGCUGGUGGAACAAGCCAAGAGUUUACUCAACAAGAAGGCAGAUGGAGUCAAGCCCCAGACAAACAGCACCAAAAACAGUUCGGCCAUCACCAGCCCCAAAGGGACCCUCCCUCCUGCUGCCCUGGAGCCUCAAACCACCGUUAUCCAUAACCCAGUGGACGGGAUUAAGGAAUCUUCUGACAGCACCAACACAACCAUAGAGGAUGAAGAUGCUAAAGGCCCCAGGGUCACUGAUGUCCUAAGCUCGGUGAGGAGAGGCUCGGGAGCCCCAGAAGCUGAGGGGCCCCUGCCCUGCCCAUCUUCAACUCCUAUUAGCCCCCUGCCAGCCCCAUCCCCCAGGAUCUCUGACAUCCUGAACUCGGUGAGAAGGGGCUCAGGAACCCCAGAAGCCGAGGGGCCCCUAUCAGCAGGGCCUUCACCCUGCCUGUCUCCGGGUCUCCUAGGCCCCCUGCCCACCCCGUCCCCCAGGAUCUCUGACAUCCUCAACUCGGUGAGGAGGGGCUCAGGUACCCCAGAAGCUGAGGGCUCCCUGCCAGUGGGCCCCCCACCUUGCCCAUCUCCGACUCUCCCUGGCCCCCUGCCCACCCCGUCCCGGAAGCAGGAGAUUAUCAAAACCACAGAGCAGCUCAUUGAGGCCGUCAACAAUGGUGACUUUGAAGCCUAUGCGAAAAUCUGUGACCCAGGCCUGACCUCAUUUGAGCCUGAAGCUCUAGGCAACCUGGUCGAAGGGAUGGACUUCCACAGAUUCUACUUUGAGAACCUGCUGGCCAAGAACAGCAAGCCGAUUCACACGACCAUCCUGAACCCACAUGUGCACGUCAUUGGUGAGGACGCAGCCUGCAUCGCCUACAUCCGCCUCACGCAGUACAUCGACGGGCAGGGCCGGCCCCGUACCAGCCAGUCCGAAGAGACACGUGUGUGGCACCGCCGUGAUGGCAAGUGGCAGAAUGUGCACUUCCAYUGCUCGGGAGCACCUGUAGCCCCACUGCAGUGAGAGCUGCGCCUGUUUCACCGGACAGAGUUGGUGUUUGGAGCCCGGCCGCCCUUGGGCGCACGGCCUGCCUGUCGCAUGUUUGUGUCUGCCUCGCCCCCUCCCCUGGUGCCUGUGUCUGCAGAAAACAAGACCAGACGUGAUUUGUUUUUAAAAAUAAGAUGACGACAACGACAACCACUCAAAAAAAUUUGACAUCGGAUGAAAUGGGAAAAGGAAAAAAAAAAAAAAAAA